AUGGAUGCUCUAAGAAAAGGUUGCGAUAGGAUCAGCGAACUUCCGGAUUCUUUGCUAACUCAUAUACUCUCAUACCUUUCGACUAAAGACUCAGUUCAAACUAGCGUUUUGUCAAAGAGAUGGGAGUUUCUCUGGCUAAAUGUUUCUGGAUUGGACUUAAACGCCGUUGACUCCCUUCCUUAUGGAGAACCCUUGUUGAGAUUCAUGUACAGAUUUUUGGAGUUUAACCGCGGAUCGUGCCUACAAACUUUCAAGAUGAAGUAUUGCCGUCAUACAAAAUUAGGGUAUGACUCUAAAAACAGCCUUGAGUGGAUAACCCAAGUGGUUCAUCGCCGAGUUCAACAUCUUGAUCUUGAAAGCAGAAUGUAUCCACGUAGAUUAGAUAUCAUGCCUGAAUGUGUUUAUGUGAGCAAGACAUUGGUGUCUUUGAAGCUCGUACGAAUAGGGCUUAAAAACCCCAAGUUUGAUGUUUCUCUACCUUGUCUCAAGAUCAUGCAUCUAGCAAACAUUUUUUUCAAGAGGUCUGAUGAUGAAGGUUUAAGUAUUAUGGAUUACUUGUGUGGUGAUGGUCAUUUGAUUAUGAAGAAGCUCAUCUCAGGCUCUCCAGUUCUAGAAAAUUUUACCAUGGAAGUUUCAAUUGGUUUAGCAACAGGGUUCACCGGUUAUCCUUUGGUCAAUUCUUUUUGGACCAAUGUGCCUCAGUGUUUAUCAUCCACUUUGGAAUAUGUUACGAUUAGCCUAACUAUUAUUGAGAAUGAAACUGGGAUUAAACUAGUGAAUUACUUUCUUGAGAAUUCAGCAGUCCUCAAGAAACUGACUCUGACUUGCAAAUAUUAUAAUAAGCUCAAACGAGAGAUGGCAGAGAGUUAUUACACGAAGCUUCUUACAUCCACAAGGCUUUCUACAAGAUGUCAGGUUCUCGUCUCUUGA